CGCUGCAGUACGAUUUGAGAUUCGUAAGCGCGCGCUACUCGAAAACGUUGGUGCAAGCAAUCGCGCGGCAACUAUUCCGACGCAUUGUACGACAACGAUAUCGACGCGCGAUCGCUCGCGGGAGCUCGAGGUUGCAUCCGAGCAGCAAGAAGGCGAGGAAAUCGAAAGAGGAAGAGAGAGAGUGAGAAAUUGUCACCUUUUCAUCCAAUCUCGCCAAGAAAGGGAAAAAGUGAAGAGGGUUGCUUUUACGAUAUAAUGAACAUGCAAAGAUGUGGCGGCUCGUGUAGUAGGCAGCCGGCAGCGAUAUCAGUGAAAAAAGUGGCGCGAGACCGGCACGCGACGAUUUUGAUUGGUCGAGUCAGCGAUCCUUAAAAAGCUCCGCGUGCAUACGUACACGGCAGAGGAUACGCAUCAGCUACGUCAGAGCGUGGACGAUCGACGGAUGGCCAUGUCGAUCGAGUGACACCUUCGAAAGCGUCCAAGCGCGAGUGCGGCUAAUUUCGUUGGACGCGCACUAGCGAAUCGCUCAUGAUCAUCGGUGCAAGUGCGCGUUUCAUGUGAAUCAAGUCCAAGUGUCAGCGAAUCGUGGCCCGUAGAGAGAGAGAGAGAGAGAGUACGGAUCGUUUCACGAGCCCCGGCACGUGUAUCGAUUAGACGCGACGAAAGAAAGGGAAAAUCAAAAAAGGAGCACAAGUGCCGCUGUGGAUAUUCUGUGGUGUGCUCCGAUACGUACGAGGCAAGGGCUGGCGCGCAAACCUCGCGUGUCUAUUGCGCGCUUGAAGGUAGCCGCGCGGCCUCGUGCGGCCCAGUCUACCUACGGAAGCUCGCCUGCUCUUAGUUCGCCACGAUAGUGUGUAUCGGCUCGACGCCGACAACUCGCUCAUCUAAAUAUACACUUACGUACACACAUACACACACACACACACACACACACACACAUACACGCACACAAUACACAACAGGCACCCACACAAAACGCACUUAUACGCCAGCGAAAAACACAUACAUGCUCACGAUUUAUCCGACCAGUAUAGAAAUAUAUUAUCUAAAAUAAAUUUGAGUGCGACCGAAGUGGAGUGCAAUAUUAGUGUGUGGAGCUGAGAAAGAAAUUUGUGAAAUCAAACUUUUUUUCAUAAUUUAAUCGACGCAAGUGAAUUUCUACGAACGAAAGAACGAACGAACGAACGAAAGAAACCAGCUGUCGCGACGGCAGAACAGAUUAAUUCAUAACGGUAUCGAGAAUAAAUGAAACUUCGAGCAGAUCCCCCAAUGCUGCAUCAUCAUUAAUAAAAAUCGAAUAAUCGAGCUUGGCGCAGAGCUGUUGGCGAGAUGUCACGCGUAAUCGGGCGCACGCGCCACUACGCCAACGAAUUCAACGUCAUCGGUCCAGGUGGACUCGUCCUCCGUCGAGACGGCAGCAGCUCGUCGAGUCGCCACUGCUACCGAUCGCUCGCAGCGAUCAGCCGGGCCUGAGGAGCCAACGACUCACAGCGAGCGACUCUCGGAGCUUAGCCGAGGAGGAGCUUGGCAUCGUCCAAGGAGCCGUCGCGCAAAACGCCGAGCACGAGCAGGAACGCGGGACCGAGGUCGUCGCUGCGCUCGCGAACAGGAGCCACGAGAGGAGGUGCCCAUUGGAGCGAGAGUAAAGAGCGCUCGCGCACCGGAUCGUCAUCUCUCCGAACGAUCCAAGCGCGAGCGACCCGAGCAGAGGCCUUACCGCUGGCCUGGCCAGCUACUAUGCGAAUUGAAGCUUUCGGCGCACUCGUCGCGGUGGUUUGGCUGACCGCAGUACUUAGCACGCGGCUUUUGGUUGCUGCCAGCAACGACACGACAGAAUCAUUAACGCACAAACCCAUCAGCAGCAGUAGUAGCAGCAGUAGCAGCAGCAGCAACAGCGGCAACAGCGGCAACAGCAGGGAGCCUCAUUUUGGAGAGCACUACAGCAAUCGGUGGACGAUGUCGCUGGAAGAGUCGACGACGAGGCGGCUGUCUUAUCCGGAAAUGCAGGAGCUCAUCAGGCUGGAGAGCGGGGCGAACGAGAACCCGGUCGACUGCUGUCCGACGGUCAUGGAGAUGAUCGAGCCCGCGGGCGGCAUCAACCAGAACAACAUGUACGUCGAGCUCUACAGGCACAAGGAGAACAAGCAGCGAUUCUACGAGGUGUCCUGCAAGGAGGAGUUCCUCGACAAGCCCUGCCGCUUCAUCGACCGCAAGCUGGCACCCCAGUCGCGCUGCGUGCAAAAGUUCACCUUCGUCUACGCUAUUAUCAAGAGCAACGCUCACAGCAAGGAGGACGAGGAGCCGCGAGUGAGGCACAACCAUCACCAGCACGGCAGCGCCGAGCAAUACCGAUUCCAAGGCUUCCCCGUCGGCACGACGCCCUGGGCCCUCGACUACAUCAAAGUGCGCAGCGGCUGCAGCUGCGAAAUAUACCCCAAGCCGAGGAAGCGCAAGACCGCCGCGAUGAAGCUGAAGAAGAGCCGAGUGCUCAGCUCCGCUCCGAGCAAUCGGACUCGGCUGCUCUCGGCGCGCAUACCCCCUCACACUCAUCACCAUCAUCACCAUAACGCGAGCUUCCUGCCGGCGACGAGCAUCGAGAACGUCAGUGGGGGCACUAGCAACAACAGCAACAACAGCAACGAGAGCAGCAGCGACAGCUUCGAGCUCGUGUGACGACACGCUGCUGAUGCCGAACGAAGAGUAUCGCCCUUGUCCGCUACUGCUGCUGCUACCACUGCAACUACUACUCCAUUCGUUUCGAUCGAUCGUUUGCUCUUUCUCGGAAUGAUAAUGACUCCGUUGUCACUUAGCGCCGCGCGCCUCCUUCUUUUUUCUUUAGUAAACUUGCUAUUUUACUUUGUUCAUUUACAUUACUUCUAGUUUAACUCGGGAUAAUUCUUAUAGCAAUUAUUACUACUUACUGCAAGGUAAACGUACUGUACUACAUCAUUAUUAGAUGCAUAUUUUUUAAUUUUAUUUUGAUUCUCUUUUGAAUCAUUAUUUUAUUACCGUUAAUAAUUGUUAAUUCAUAUGCACAUUUAUAUGCUUGUAUUAUGUAUGCUUAUCAAUGUGUAGUACACUAUCAAGCUGCGCGUGCUCGUGAUGAUCAUUAAAAUUCUUGUUUUAAAAAGUUGUUGAUGUUGAACAAAGAUUAAACGCAUAAUGGAAACACGCAAAAAUUCGGGUUUGACACCAACUGCAGGUACGAUGCAUAAACGCUUCCCCAUUUUCCGACGCAUUCGCAAUAAUGCCAUCCCUUUAGUGCAAAGAUGAUUUCGCGUCGUGUGUUUUCGUCGAUCGACACAUUCCAGCCGAUUAUGAUAUAUUUAUAUACGUUUCUUUACCUUACUUUUAUUGCUCGUGCAACCACGAUCAUUUUAUUUAAUUAUUAUAGUUUUGAGAUUUUCAUUAUAAUCUGUUUUUAUCUAAGGACUACAUAUGACGAUGAUGCAUGCAUUACAUCUUAUCAAAUAUUAAGCUUAUAUAUUUUAUUAUAUGCUUUAUUGAUGAAUACUACGAUGAAUUUUUAAUCAGAAAUUGUAUAAACGGCCAGUGUUUUAUUUACCAAAAUUAGUUUGUGGAAGCAGCUGACAUUCUUUGUUCGUUUCCGUGUGUGCAAGUAUGCAUGAUUAAUUUUUAUUAAAAGCUUUGCAGGCAAUAACAUGAUACUCUGUAACGUCGUUUUACAUAUAUUUAUCUUUUGAAUAACGAUUUUUGGUGCGUGGAAGGAAAUUAUUUAGUUAUAUACGAUAUUAUUAUAAUUAUUAUCAUAAUUAUUCUAAUUAUUCUUAUUAUAAUUAUUAUUAUAAUAAUAACCAUUACUAUUUCUAUCGAACAUUUGUAUUAAUUCACGAGAUAAAAACUUUCGUCAAAUUAAAUGUAUUUUCGUGCAUUCUAUUGUAAAAUUCAAAUUAAUUUCAAAUUUAUUAUGAUGUAUUUUCAUUAAACAAUUUACCAUAAUUUAAAACAUUAUUAAUUUUCAAAUCAUAACAUACAGUAAAAUUAGGAGCAAUUUAUCUGUUUUGUAUUAGAGUAUAGACGUCAAUGUAUAAAAUGUAUUUUUUAAAGUAACAACUAAUAGUUAAUUUUUAAUUUAAUUUGUACCAUUUUUGUAAAUCUCAAAAACUAGUCUUAUAUGUUAUAAAAUUAUAUAGAAAAAUUAUUAAUGUAAUAAAUGCGUAAUCACGA